UUUACUCUGGGCGAACCGUAGAUAAAACUUGAAUGGUCUGCGUAGACACAGGGUAUUUCUAGCAAUAUCUUAGACUUGAGCCGCACAUUACUAUACGAUACUACCAGUCCCAGAGCCCCCUCCUGUCGGACCUUCACCGAUACCAUUAUGCGCGUUCAAACCACCAUCGCAGCCUUGACUUCGGUCGCAUCAGGCCUUUUGAUGCCUCGCCAGUCAAAUGAGACUACCACAACACCAAAUGUUGCAGCUGCGCAAUAUGACGGUUCAUGUUUCUACCCCGUACCAGACCCCAAGUUCAACCUCGAAGCCUAUUUAGGAACCUGGUACCAAGUUGCCGGCACACCCUUCGGCCCAACAUCAGGCGCCAGCUGCGUUACUGCUAACUACGAGCUGAACGACAACGGCACCGUUCGUGUGCUCAACACAGCAACAGUAGGCCCCCAGCCCAUCAACAUCGUUGGCACGGCGACUCCAGUCGAUGCCGCAUACGGCGCUGGCGGUGCAUUUGUGGUCAGCUUCCCUGGUACACCUGAUGCUGAGUGCCCGGGACCGAACUACAUUGUACAAGACUAUGCCGUUGAUUGGGCCAUUGUGCAGACACAAAAUUGGAGCACAUUGUACAUUCUGAGUAGGGAGCGUCAGCCUGCUCCUGCGAGCAUCGAUGCUUGGAUUGACCGUGCUGUUGCUUUUGGCUCUGAUGCUUCGGCGAUCUCAAAGUUCAAUCAGACUGGCUGCGAUGCGUAAGAAGGCCGAGGCUCGAAUUGAGAGCUCUCGGUUAGGACUUGGACAUGGGCAAAAUCGAACACAAAAUCAUAAUCCAAAUCAUCGAUCUUUUCCAAAUAUUGAAUCACAGCCGCGCGAUGGAGACUGUGACCGAACGCUCGACAAAGUCGAUUUUGAUGAUUCUGUGCAAAAGAGAGCCGAGCGAGUGCGCAACACUCAAGGCAGACGCCAAAAUGAGCUCAGCGCAUUACGUGAAGUCACUUUCACUUUGAUCUUCGGCGAUUCGAAGCCUCAGUGGAU